AUGAGGAAAAUUGGCUGUGCUCUCCUGGUACUUCAAGCUCUUCUGGCACCUUUGGAUCUUGUUCAUGGAGCAGAGAAAAAUUAUCCCAUCCUGAACAUUGCAGUGAUUCUGGGAAGGACCAAGUAUAUCACAGAGAGAGAUAUCAGAGCUCUGUGGACCAGGGAAAUGUCAGCAGACCUGACUGUUGAUGUCAAUGUAGUGACCCUUCUGGUGAACCAGACUGACCCUAAAAGCAUCAUAACACAUGUUUGCGACUUGAUGUCAGGCACCAAGAUCCAUGGAGUGGUUUUUGGAGAUGACACUGAUCAGGAGGCAGUAGCUCAGAUUUUGGAUUUUAUUUCAUCUCAGACUUCUAUUCCAAUUCUUGGAAUUCAUGGCGGGGCCUCCAUGAUAAUGGCGGAUAAGGAUGUGAUGUCCACAUUCUUCCAGUUUGGGGCUUCCAUCCAGCAAGAAGCCAUCGUCAUGCUGAAAAUCAUGCAGGAUUAUGACUGGCAUGUGUUUUCUCUGGUGACCACCACCUUUCCUGGAUAUCGAGACUUCAUCAAUGUCAUUAAGACCACAGUGGAAAAUAGUUUUGUGGGCUGGGACAUGCAGAACGUCAUCAUACUUGAUACAGCCUUUGGAGAUGCCAAGACCCAAAUUCAGCUGAAGAAAAUUCAUUCAUCUGUCAUUCUGCUAUAUUGUUCCAAGGAUGAAGCUGUCUACAUACUGGAUGAGGCUCGUUCCCUGGGCCUUACUGGUUAUGAUUUCUUUUGGAUAGUUCCCAGCCUGGUUAGUGGUAACACAGAAAUCACUCCCAAGGAGUUUCCUUCAGGACUCAUUUCAGCAUCUUAUGAUGAAUGGGACUACAGUUUAGAAGCUCGGGUACGGGAUGGCCUUGGGAUUAUUGCCACUGCUGCAUCAGCCAUGCUGGAAAAAUACUCCUUCAUUCCUGAAGCAAAAACUAGCUGCUAUGGACAACUGGAGAAAAAUGACCGGCCAUCUCAUACCUUGCACAAGUUUAUGAUGAAUGUGACUUGGGAAGGUAAAGAUUUGUCCUUCACAGCAGAUGGUUAUCAGGCACAUCCCAGGCUGGUGGUGAUAGUAUUGAACAACAAUCGCGAAUGGGAAAAGGUGGGGAAAUGGGAGAACAACUCGCUGAGCCUGAAGUACUCUGUCUGGCCACGGUACAGCUCCUUCGCAGACAGCGACCCAGACGAUAACCAUUUAAGUAUUGUCACCCUGGAGGAGGCUCCCUUUGUCGUUGUUGAGGAUGUGGAUCCUUUGAUGGAAAGUUGCCAAAAAAACACCGUGCCAUGUCGUAAAUUUGUCAAAAUUAACAACUCAACUAACGAGGGAACUAAUGUAAAGAAGUGCUGCAAAGGGUUCUGCAUCGAUAUCUUAAAGAAGUUGUCUAAAACUGUCAAGUUCACAUAUGACCUGUAUUUGGUGACUAAUGGGAAACAUGGCAAAAAAGUCAAUAAUGUGUGGAAUGGAAUGAUUGGUGAAGUGGUAUAUCAUCGUGCAGUUAUGGCUGUGGGGUCUCUCACUAUUAAUGAAGAGCGCUCUGAAGUGGUUGACUUUUCAGUGCCAUUUGUUGAGACUGGGAUUAGUGUCAUGGUGUCACGGAGCAAUGGCACAGUUUCACCAUCUGCUUUUCUAGAGCCUUUUAGUGCUUCUGUCUGGGUGAUGAUGUUUGUGAUGCUUCUCAUUGUGUCCGCCAUGGCUGUCUUUAUAUUUGAGUACUUUAGUCCAGUAGGAUAUAACAGGAACUUAGCACAAGGGAGAGAUCCCCAUGGACCAUCCUUUACCAUUGGAAAGGCGGUGUGGUUACUGUGGGGCUUGGUAUUCAACAACUCUGUGCCUGUGCAAAACCCUAAAGGGACAACCAGUAAAAUAAUGGUGUCGGUUUGGGCUUUCUUUGCUGUCAUUUUUCUGGCCAGUUAUACUGCCAACUUAGCUGCAUUUAUGAUUCAAGAAGAAUUUGUUGACCAAGUGACUGGACUGAGUGAUAAAAAGUUUCAAAGGCCGUAUGAUUAUUCACCUCCUUUUCGAUUUGGAACGGUCCCAAAUGGAAGCACAGAGAGGAAUAUCAGAAACAACUACCCUGAUAUGCACCUUUACAUGACGAAGUAUAAUCAGAAAGGAGUUGAAGAUGCCUUGGUCAGCUUGAAAACUGGGAAGUUGGAUGCUUUCAUCUAUGAUGCAGCGGUGCUGAAUUACAAAGCUGGAAGAGAUGAAGGCUGCAAACUUGUCACAAUAGGGAGUGGAUACAUCUUUGCCACUACAGGCUAUGGAAUAGCACUUCAGAAAGGAUCACCUUGGAAGAGACAAAUUGAUCUAGCCCUUCUGCAGUUUGUUGGAGAUGGUAGGGAUCAAUCUUUUUUCCUUUCUUACAAAUGA